AUGGGCAGCACCGCAGAGAGGAGGGAGGAGGAGGAGCAGAGGAGCUGCAGGAGGAAGAGGAGGAGGCCGCUCAGACUUCACAUGCCUGAGCUGAGAGUGUUUGCGAUGCCCUUCCUGGAGGGAGAUCCGGGCGGAGCGGAGGGAGGCAGCAGCACCAAGGGGGAGCCUCUGUGCCACUCUGCCAGCCCCACCAGGAGUUUCUUCCAUCGGGCUCCGUUCAGCCGACCCUCCAGCCCCCGCUCCGCUCCGGCCAGAACCUCCAGCUCCAGGAUGAGUCCCAGCUCCCCCAAAACCCUCUUCCCCUACCACACUGGCCCCCCCCAGCAGGACUCCCCACCCAAGUCUCCACGCAGGCUGAGUUUCAGUGGGAUCUUCAGGUCGGCCUCCAGGGAUUCAAACCAUCAGCCCUCCUCCCCCAUCAGCAUCAAACUGUUCACACGCAACAAGAGAGACAAGGCCAGAGCCCACAGCCUCUCCUCACCCCCUCCUCCUCCUCCCCCUCGUCAAGAGGAGGUGAGUGUUUUCCGUCUGGAGACGUACCUGACUGAGCCGAGGCGUCCGGAGACCAGGAGGCUGCGCUCCUUCUCCUCACCUCCCGACACCGGACAGCGCUCCUCCUCCCGCUGCCAGCUGCCUCCUCUGGCUCCGCCCCUUCCUGUCAGGAAGCUGGUGGAGGUUGCAGACAGCAUGUCGGAGCAGCCGGAUCACGAUGAUGCCGUGUCGGAGGAGUCUGAGAGAGACAUCUACAUGCGCUUCAUGAAGUGUCACAAGUGUUACGACAUCAUCCCCACCAGCUCUAAACUGGUGGUCUUCGACACCACGCUGCAGGUGAAGAAAGCGUUCUUUGCUCUUGUGGCAAAUGGAGUGAGAGCUGCUCCACUGUGGGAAAGCAAAAAACAGAGCUUUGUGGGAAUGUUGACCAUCACAGACUUCAUCAACAUCCUGACCAGAUACUACAGUUCCCCCAUGGUUCAGAUCUAUGAGCUGGAGGAACAUAAGAUCGAGACGUGGAGAGAGCUGUACCUGCAGGAGACCUUCAAACCUCUGGUCCACAUCUCACCUGAUGCCAGUAUAUUUGAGGCUGUGUACUCGCUGAUAAAGAAUAAGAUCCAUCGUCUUCCCGUCAUCGACCCAGUGAGCGGGAACGCUCUCUACAUCCUCACACACAAGAGGAUCCUCAAGUUCCUGCAGCUGUUUGUGUGUGAGAUGCCCAUGCCGGCCUUCAUGAAGCAGACUCUGGAGGAGCUCGGCGUGGGGACGUACGCCAACAUCGCCUACAUCCACCCCGACACGGCGCUCAUCACCGCGCUUUCUGUCUUCACGCACCGCCGCGUGUCCGCCCUGCCCGUCGUUGAUCACCAUGGUAAAGUGGUGGACAUCUACUCCAAGUUUGACGUCAUUAACCUGGCAGCAGAGAAGACCUACAACAACCUGGACGUGACGGUCACUCAGGCUCUCAGACACCGGUCCCAGUACUUCGAAGGAGUCAUGAAGUGCAACAAGCUGGAAACACUGGAGACCAUCGUGGACCGCAUCGUGAAGGCUGAGGUUCACAGGCUGGUUGUCGUUGAUGAGGAAUCUCGAAUUGUCGGCAUCGUUUCUCUGUCCGACAUCCUGCAGGCGCUCGUAUUAACCCCCGCAGGUCUCGGGAGAAAGGAGUCUCUCCCCUCUCAGCCAGCAGCUUUGGACUCAACAGGACCAGAGUCAAGCUGUAAACCUGACCGGGACCAGGACCCCGAGCUUUGCACAGAGACAGAAACAGAAAGCAAACCUGAACCUGAUCAGGAGCCAGGUAAAGACCCAGAGACAGAGACGGUCUGUGAGGACACUGAUACUACAGAGACCUGCCGACGUGGGGAGACAGAGGGAGAGGGGGAGGGGGAGACAGCAGAGACAGAUGGAGGAGUCGAGCCGCUUACCACAGAAGAAGAAGAGGAGGAUGGAGGGACAGGAAGUGGCGGCAGGCUGGCGUGUGAUUGGCUGGGGAGGCUCUGGGAGUCUGAGGAGUCGCCUCAGGGCUGCCGUUCUGGAGGUGGGAGGGGGCCAGUGGGUGAUUGA